AUGGAUCCAAAUACCCAGCUUAAUGUCAACACAAUAUUUGCCUCAGAGCCCAACCUGAAGGUCCGCUCCCGGUUAAAACAAAAGGUAGCAGAAAGAAGAAGCAGUCCUUUGUUACGGCGCAAGGAUGGAACAGUUAUCAGCACUUUCAAGAAAAGGGCCAUCGAAAUCACAGUGUCUUCUAUGUGCAGCAGUGCCCCUGGCUCGGGCCCCAGUUCUCCCAACAGUUCCAACAGUGCCAUAGCAGAGAAUGGCUCUAGUGGUUCCGUACCAAACAUUCAUGCUGAGCAAAUGCGCUCACAUCAUCACACAAUAAAUACAGAUGGAUCAGCCAGUCAGCUCAGUCUGUAUACAUCUCCAUCGCUACCUAACAUUUCUCUUGGUCUGCCUGCCUCAGUCUCUGCUGCCAACUCUCACAUGUCUGCUUCCCAAAAACUCGCUGCUCAGCAGGAGGCAGAAAGACAGGCCAUUCAGUCCUUGCGUCAGGGUGGUGCUCUUACCGGAAAGUUUGUUAGCACCACAUCACUCCCUGCCUGCCUGCCUCCUGGGGUGCCUCAUGAUACCGACACAGCCUCCAAUAGCCACAGCCAUUCAUCCCUUUUGCAGCAUGUAUUGCUUCUUGAGCAAGCUCGGCAGCAGAGUGCACUUCUAGCAGUUCCUAUCUAUGGUCAGUCCCCGCUGGUAACGGGUGAACGGGUUUCCACAAACAUGCGAACAGUAAAUAAGCUUCCCCGGCACCGGCCUCUGAGCAGGACACAGUCUGCCCCCCUGCCCCAAAGUCCCCAGGCACUUCAGCAGCUUGUAAUGCAGCAGCAACAUCAGCACUUUCUUGAGAAGCAGAAGCAAUACCAACAACAAAUCCAGCUUAGUAAGAUGUUGUCGAAAACCACAGACCUUCCACGCCAACCACCAACCCAUCCAGAAGAAACAGAGGAAGAGCUGUCAGAAACUGCAGAGAUGCAAGAUGAGCGGUUAGGGGACGCUGUUUCAAGCGAACAGGUAGAAGAAGUACUUGGCCUGCAGCCAGAAGUGGAAGAAAACCCUGGUGAUGGUAGUCUUUCAGAUCAUGCUAUUACCGUAAGGGAUGAAAACACAGAAAGUGAAGCAGAUGAGGAGGAUGAGACAUAUGAUGACGAAGACUCAAUUGAACUUAAAGAGCCUAAUGACCAGAGUCUGCUUUACACUCAGUUUUCAGAUCAGCACCACCUACAGCAGUUGCAAGUUUACCAAGCUUCUUUGCCAAUUUCUGGCAUGCCUCACCGGCCACUUGGCCGAGCGUUAUCUUCUCCUGCAAACCCAUGUCUGAAAAGCAGUGCUGGGACUGCAAAGCUCAUCAAGCAUGUUUUCACUACAGGAGUGGUCUAUGAUACUUUCAUGCUAAAACACCAGUGUACGUGUGGGAACACAAACAAUCACCCGGAGCAUGCUGGGAGAAUUCAGAGCAUUUGGUCCCGACUGCAGGAGACUGGUCUUCUCAGCAGGUGUGAGCGAAUUCGAGGAAGAAAAGCUACGCUGGAUGAGAUACAGACUGUACAUUCAGAGCACCACGCACUCUUGUAUGGCACAAGCCCACUGAACAGGCAGAAACUUGACAGCAAAAAGCUUCUAGGUUCAAUUAGCCAGAAGAUGUAUGCAGUCCUGCCUUGUGGAGGCAUUGGGGUAGACAGUGACACCGUCUGGAAUGAGAUGCAUUCAUCCAGUGCUGUGCGAAUGGCGGUGGGAUGUGUCAUCGAGCUUGCAUUUAAAGUAGCCUCAGGAGAGCUCAAGAACGGCUUUGCUGUCGUGCGGCCCCCAGGACAUCAUGCUGAGGAAUCCACUGCAAUGGGCUUUUGUUUUUUCAAUUCCAUUGCUAUUGCUGCCAAACUUCUACAACAGAAACUGAAUGUUGGGAAGAUCCUGAUAGUUGAUUGGGACAUUCACCAUGGUAAUGGAACCCAGCAAGCUUUCUACAGUGACCCCAAUGUGCUGUACAUUUCUUUGCACCGAUAUGAUGAUGGAAACUUCUUUCCAGGAAGUGGGGCCCCCGAUGAGGUAGGGUCAGGAGCCGGUGUGGGGUACAACGUUAACAUAGCCUGGACUGGUGGAGUGGAUCCACCAGUGGGAGAUGUGGAAUAUCUUGCUGCCUUUAGGACGGUAGUAAUGCCCAUUGCCAAUGAGUUCUCUCCUGAUGUAGUCCUGGUUUCGGCUGGCUUUGAUGCAGUGGAAGGGCACCAGUCUCCGCUGGGUGGAUACUCAGUCACUGCUAAAUGUUUUGGUCACCUAACCAAGCAGCUGAUGAAGCUGGCAGGAGGGCGUGUUGUAUUGGCAUUAGAAGGGGGUCACGACCUCACGGCCAUCUGUGAUGCCUCUGAAUCCUGCGUCUCUGCUCUUUUGGGCAGUGAGCUUGAACCUCUGCCACAGUCUCUCCUUCAGCAGAAGCCAUGUCCAAAAGCUGUUGCGUCAUUGGAAAAAGUAAUUGAAAUACAGAGUAAACACUGGGGUUCCAUAGUUCGUUAUGCAUCAACGGUGGGUUUGUCUCUUCUGGAGGCACAGAAGCGAGAGAAGGAGGAAGCUGAAACAGUCACUGCGAUGGCUUCUUUGUCUGUUGACACUGAGCAGGCAAAUGUCAGUGUAGAGUCAAGGCAGGUAGAUGAACCAAUGGAAGACGAGCCAGUGUUAUAGGGCGAAGCGAAGCUCUCAUCAUUGGAUGCCCUUGUGUUCACAUUUGCGUGACACUGCCUCGUCUCUUCUUCCUUGGCUUCAUCCAGGUCUGACAGAUAUGUGUCUUGUGCUUCACUCUUCAUCACACUGAUCACCUUUGAGAGGGGAGAGUCUGAUAGGUGUGGGGAUUAGGCAGGCAGAUGGGGGAGCUCGACGUUUCUUUUCUUUUUUUCUUUUUUUGGUGUGAUUUUUUAACUCGGUGCCGGAUGGUCAACAAUUUGUUUGUUUUCCAGUGAAGAGAACACUUUAAAAAAAAAAAAAAAAAUCUUGUUUUGGCUACGUACGAGUUUCAGGAAAGAAUCACAAGUGGCAAAUUGUAUUAAAGUUAAAAAAAA